AUGGCCCACCUGGGAGCCCAUUUUGCCUUUAGAUCCCGCUGGCAGAAGACCGACGAUGAACUCUGCCGACAUAGCACGUCCUUUAUCCUCCACAGAGCCAUUCGCAAUGACUUCUUUCAGUGCUACCUCUACCUGCUGGAAAAUAUUCCCCUGGUAAAAUUAUAUGCUUUAACAAGCCAAGUCAUCAAUGGUGAGAUGCAGUUCUAUGCCAGAGCAAAGCUUUUCUAUCAAGAAGUACCAGCCACAGAAGAAGGCAUGAUGGGAAAUUUCAUCGAACUGUCCCACCCAGAUAUCCAGGCCUCGAGGGAAUUUCUAAGGAAAUUUGUUGGGGGACCCAGGAGAGCGGGAACCGACUGUGCCCUGGACUGCGGCUCUGGGAUCGGCAGGGUCAGCAAGCACGUCUUGUUGCCCAUUUUCGACAGAGUGGAGCUGGUUGAUAUGAUGGAGUCUUUCCUGCUUGAAGCCCAGAACUACCUGCAGGGCAGAGUGGACAAGGAAGAGAGUUACCACUGCUACAGCCUGCGGGAAUUCACUCCCCGCUUCGGGAGAUACGAUGUCAUCUGGAUUCAGUGGGUGUCAGGACACUUAACUGAUAAGGACCUGCUUGCAUUCCUUUCCCGGUGCCGAGAUGGCCUGAAAGACAAUGGCGUCAUCAUACUGAAGGAAAAUGUGGCCCGAGAGGGCUGUGUCUUUGACCCCUCCGACAGCAGUGUGACUCGGGACAUGGACAUCCUCAGGACCCUCAUUAGCAAGAGUGGGCUGUUGGUGCUGGGCCAGGAAAAGCAAGAGGGCUUUCCAGAGCAGUGCAUUCCUGUGUGGAUGUUCGCACUGCACUGUGGCAGACUCUCCUGAGCAGAAGUGGAGUGGACAGCUGGACAGGACAGUGGUGCUCUGGGACAGGAUACUUCCUCCACAGUGCCCCUUGGAUACAGACAGGGAUGGAGAGAAGGGAAGGGAGCAAGUGCAUGCUGGGAAAUGACUGGUGAUGCAGCACAUACAGGUUUUUGGUGAAGAGCACACACUCUGACGUGCACAUAGUUGCAGGUGCACACUGACAUUCUAGAAAAUGGAGUGAAACCUCAGGAAGAGGGCUUUAAGAGACUCUUUGUGGAAAUGACAGAUGGCAUUACACAUAAUUAAAAAGCUUUUGUAUAUUAAGGAAACAAUAGAGUGAAGAGGCAAUCUACAGAAUGGGAGAAAAUUUUGGUCAGCUAUUCUUCUGACAGAACAAAUACAGCUCAAAAAGUUUAAC